GUUGUUGCAAGCCAUCACUGCAGACGGAGGCAGUUCGAGUCGAGCAAUUCUACCCUCCAUCAGUUGUUGGGUCCUGCCCAUUCUCCAGGCAGGCCUGCUCUCCCUUUCCUUUCUACCACCAUCAUCACCAUCCUUUGACCCCCAUUUUGUCCGGUGUACUCCGCCGCCUUGGACGCUGCACCACCAUCACUUAAUUCUGUUACCACGUCCAAUUUUUCGCCAUACCGUCCCUCUUAGGAAGCAGAACCCGCAGAAUGUCCUUCUUCUCAAGGAAGAAGCAUGCGCCUCCCCCGGCCCCGGCCACCGUUUCUGUAGCGCAGACGCCGAGUCAAGCACUGGCACAGAUGUCUUCGGUCGCACCUGCCAGCAAAGAUAGCAGUGCUGCUCAACAGCAUCACCAUCACCAGCAGGCUCCGGGGAAUGUGAGGUUGGAUGGUCCCCACGAUGUUCCUUCCUCAGGCUCGCAGAUCCCGCAUCAACGCUUGCAACAGGGUUCAGGUGCACUACACGCGCCAUCACAAUCACAGUCGCAACAACAACCGGCUCCACAGCAACAGCCUCCACGGCCGUCUUUCCCAUGGUCCGCCAAACGCCUUGCACUUGCCCCGCCUAUCGUCUUCAACAAGCCAGGUAUUGCCCCGCCUACUUCCCUUUCACCAUCACCCUUCCCUCGAUAUGGCCAUUCCCUUCCCACGACUUCUACGAGUAGCGGAGACCUGUAUCUUUUCGGCGGCCUUGUUCGCGAAACGCCAAAGAACGACCUUUAUUUCUUCAAUACUCGCGAUUAUGUGGCUUCCUUGGUUCAAACUGAAGGAGACCUCCCCUCUCCUCGAGUCGGGCAUGCCAGUGCCAUUAUUAGCAAUGUACUAAUUGUCUGGGGAGGAGAUACGAAAACGGAUGUCAGAGCACGGUAUUCCGACAGACAGGAUGAUGGUCUCUACCUGUUUAAUCUAGUGUCCCGAAAAUGGACGCUUCUUACAAUGCAGGGACCAGUUCCUGUCGGUAGAUAUGGACAUGCAGUUACAAUGGCUGGAACGCGAUUCAUCGUCUUUGGUGGUCAGGUUGAUGGGGAAUUUUUGAACGAUAUAUGGUCAUUUGAUCUCAGUACAUUGAAAACGGGAACAGUAUGGGAUUAUUUGGAACCUACCACACCGGAACGACCAGCACGGCGUACGGGUCAUAUCUGCAUGACAUACGGUGAUCGAAUAUUUAUUUUUGGUGGAACUGACGGUCAGUAUCAUUACAAUGACACUUGGACAUUCGAUCUCAGCACGAAGUCAUGGUCGGAACUGUCUUGCAUCGGCUACAUCCCAUCCCCAAGGGAGGGUCAUGCCGCUGCUCUUGUUGACGAUGUGAUCUACAUAUUUGGAGGGAGAGGUGUGGAUGGAAAGGAUCUAUCGGACCUCGCCGCCUUCAAAAUAUCCAAUCAAAGAUGGUAUAUGUUCCAAAACAUGGGUCCUCAGCCUAGUGGUCGGUCAGGUCAUGCUAUGGCUGCUGUAGGACCAAAGGUGUUGGUCCUUGGAGGCGAAUCGUCUUCACUUUCCAAGGCGGAUGACCCGAGCAUAAUACAUGUUUUGGAUACCAAACAUAUCAAGUACCCUGAUGCUAGUAAAAGCCCACCUCCACAGAAUCCUGCUCGAAAGUCCUCCAUUCCCCCUCAAACAAAUCAGCCGACGAAACUCUCCUCUUCCCCCUCAGGCCAUGUUCUCAAUGGCUCUCGAUCGGUAUCUCCUCUGCAGAGCGAAACCGAAGACCGCCGUGCAUUGUCACCGAAUGGCUCUAGUAAGCCAGUUAACGGUGUCAUUCCACCUUCAGGUACUGCUAAGGCUCCGAUGCGACCAAGACGAGAAGACGAUCACGUCGAUCCCACCGAACCACCAGUGAAAGAAAUGCUCUCGACUCGCAUACGAGCUACGUCUCCUGAUCAGCCGCUUCACGACCGAGCUAAGAGCCCACAUACUAUAGGGAGCCGGGCAGUUUCGCCUACAGGACCGGAUAUCGGGCAAGUGCCAAAUAUGGCAUCAAUGACGAUGAAUGGCUUAGGUGGGCGUGUAUCGCCUGACAGGUCCAAACCUCCACCCGAUGGUUUUUAUUCUACCGGCGGAUCCCCCAUCGUCAAUGGAUUUACACACCAUCAGUCUUCUUCUCGGCAAGGUUCGGUCAAUAAUGUGACCGCAGAUCUACUUCGAGAUCUUAAAACCAAAGAACUUGAACUUGAAGGAGUCCGACGGCAAAUGAUUUGGAUGAAAGAGGCCCUUAUCAACGCGUCUCGUUCAGGUUAUGUUUAUACGGACAAGGACGGGAGUCAAUUGGAGGACGGUGUUGAGGGUCAGAAUGCAGAGCUUUUAUUGCAGUUCAAGCAAUUCAAAGCCCAGAUGCAGACGGCAUUGAUGGAACAAGCUCAGCGGGCUUCAGAGCACGUUGCUGAUGCGGAGCGUGUAAAAGUUAGUGCAUCACAAGAAGCUGCUUAUUAUCGCGCGAAGCUUGCCGCGUUCGAAUCUGCGAACGAGUCGGAGGUACUGCAGCUGGAGAGGCGAAGGGUCGCGGAGCUGGAAAGUGAUUUGACCAUCCUAAUCAAUGAGCGACGAGUUCAGGAUCGAAAGAUCAACGAGAUCGGUGACGCGCUCGCAGUACAGACAACCCUUUGUGAGCAAGCCGAAGCUCGGGCAGCCGAUGCCACGAAAAGUGCUGAACAGGAGCUUGAUGCCCAUAACCGUAUCAAACAACGACAUCUUGAUCUCGAAAAUCGGUACACCACAUUAGAAAUGCAAUCACGAGAUCGUGCAGAUACGUUACUGUCGCAAACAUCGGCUUUAGAGCAGAGCAGAGCAGAGGAAAACGCCCUUCGUGAGCAGGUCAACCAGUUCAUGCAUUCGCGUGAUCAACAUGUGCGUGCAUUGGAACAAGCACGAGAUGCAGUCGAGGCUGCGUCGUCACGCGCAAAUGAGCUGGACGUACAGUACAAACAUGCACGAGAGAGGAUAAAUAACCUGGAGGCUGAUGUAGGGGAACUUCGGGGCGAGCUCGAAACUCGCAAUGCUGAGGUCGAAGCGACCCGCGCUCGGCUAGCGGACGUCGAAAAUUCAUGGGCGCAAUCCAGACAAGAGGCCGAUUCGUACAGAGCAUUGACCACUGGCAGCUUAGGCGAGCUACUUGACACCCACCGGAACAUGAAAUCUGAUGAAGAUCGUUUUGCGAGAGGACAUGCAGAGAAGAUCAUGGCGAUCGAGAACGAGUCCGCGUCUUUGCGAAAUAUGUUACAGGAGACAAACCAAGCCGCAGAAGAGGCACAACGACUGCUGACCGACGAGCGCCGGCGAGCAUCAGCCUUCGAAUCAGAGCAUUCCCUCCUACGUUCACAGAUUUCAGGUCUUCGCUCUAAGCUUUCUGCUGCUGUUGCAGAGUCUUCACGUCUUCGGAGAGAUGUUGCUGAUAGAGAGGAAAUCUUGCGCGGAAAAUCUAAAGAAGUUGCGGACACCCAGGUGCGACUGGGAAUGCUUCGUAACUAUUUCGCAGAAAAUGGCGUCGAGGUCGAUGAGGAUGAGCUCCCUUCGAGAUCCAAGGUAAACGGUACCUCGUCGACUGCCGUUGCGGAUCUGGAUCAUAAGCUUGCCGAACAGCAAGCUCUGCGCGAAGACACAGAGCAAGAGUUGGCGCAAGCUCUCCAUCGAACCAAAGAGCUCGAGAACCGUAUUGGUCAACUCACAACCCAGCUUGACCAUGUGCGCUCAACACAAACUCCCUCCCGAGGUGACGAUAUAGCCGCAGAAGCUCGUCUCAUCCAAGCCGAACGCAGAUUUGAGGAGACAGAGAAGAGCUACAAGGAGCGUAUGGCGCAGAUGGAAGAUGACUACCAAGUUGCCGUCCAUUAUGUCAAGGGUACCGAGAAAAUGAUGCGACGUAUGAAGGACGAGCUAACCAAACAGAAGAACAUGAAUACAACUCUUCAAUCUGAGUUUGAUGCCAUUCGAUCCGGCAGGUCACCCAUCGACCCUCGCUUACGUGGCGUGAAUGGGCGAAGCACGCCUUCAGACGAAGGAAGUGAUCAGAUGCGUACGCAACUUGUGGAAGCGCAACGCCAAUUGCAGCGGUUGCACAGUGAGAACAGAGAUCUGCGAACGCGUCUGGAAUCGAUGGAGAGAGAGCUGGAGGUGUUACGAGACAACUUGGUGGCAUCUCGACGAGAGUCAGAUGAUCGGCUUGUCCAGACGGAAGAACUCCAGCAUGAGGUCGACAGACUGAAGUCUUCUCUGGUUAUAGCAAGAGGCGGCAACCAGGAGACACUGCUCGAAAAACUCAGCAAUGAGAACGUCACGCUCAGACGCGACAACGAGCAGCUGACACAUAAAAUCGGUCUCCUUCUCGAAGUGGAUCAACCGACAUUCGGUCAAGGGAGACCAAUGUCAGGGGUAUCCGCUCGACGAACUAGUACAUCAAGUUCGGAGAAUGCGCUGGCGUUUGAGCAUCUUUCUAGCGAACUGGACGACUGGCAGCGACAGCUAGCUAGCUCCAUGAGCACUCGACGACCGCUGAGCGGCUUCGAUUCAGAGCCAGAAAGGACACGAUCACCACGGUCAUGACAUUUCCUUUUUGUUUCAUUUAUCUGCUACGCAUAUACCACCCCUCGGCUUUUGGUCGUGUUCGCUUGGAUUCACUCACACUCUAACUUACAUACUUCUUCGUGUUUUGUCUGAUGUUAUUAGCUUCGCUUCGCCUACUUAUAUAUUCCAUGAGCAGUAUAUGUGUUGAUGUGGUCCAUAUAUGAUGAAUAUUAUAUUAUGAUGGAUUGGCUCUUUGGGUCCAUUCGACUGCUUUCUGUUUCACCAUCGU